AUGGGCAGAGCGAUGGUGGCCAGGCUCGGACUGGGGCUGCUGCUUCUGGCACUACUCUUACCUACGCAGAUUUAUUCAAAUCAAACAACUGUUGCACCGCCUUCAAGUAAUUCCUCCCAGCAUACCUCAGCUGCCCCCAAUCCAGCGAAUGCCACCACCAAGGCAAGUGGCGGUGCUCUGCAGUCAACAGCCAGUCUCUUGGUGAUCUCGGUCUCCCUUCUACAUCUCUACUGUUAA